UGCCGGCUUGAAAACCAGUAGACGACAUCAGGGCUUCUAGACCCUGGCUGUUCGUCAGAUUCGCCUGGGGGAGCUUUGAAUCCCGACGAAGAUGCCCAGGCCCCGCUCGCAGAGGUUCUGAUGAAUGGAUCCUGCCCUGGCAUUCGUAUCUUUUAAAACUCCCCAGACGAUUCUGGUGUGGAAGCAGGGCUGAGAAGCCGUGGACUAGACGGUAUCCGAGUCCUUUCUGACUUAUUAUCUAGAGCUGGGCUCUGACGGUCUGAGCCCGGAUUCCUGGCUCCCCCAAAUCACGGGGUGAAUUUGCGCACAAGCGGGGGAUAUGUUUGGGGGAAGGAAGACCUUCCCGAGAUCCUAAACUCUUGCAUCUCUUGAGGACCAGCUUUUUGAUAGUUUACAUGAUUGUUUUACCGUUCUUCCUUACGUGCCUGAGGCAGAAACACUGUGAACGGGUGUUGACUCUCUUACCCCAAACACCAAUAAGGGUGUGCCAGCACACGCACACCCAUCAGUGCUAUAAAUAUCUGUAGACACACGCAGAAAUAACCACAUUCGGAUAUUCAGAAUCGCUCCUACUGGCGCAUAUGCACAUGCAAAUGAACCCACCAUCAGAAAUCCCAGACGUGGUCCACUCAAACCACUUGGGAAAGUAUUUCUCUUGGGGAAAGCCGGGCUGUUUGAACAGAGAAGCACCUCUACCUUCUCUGAAGCCUGGUCUGGUUCAGAGUCACGACCGGGGGCGGGGAGGGGGCCGGGAAAUAUCUUCUGUAAAGCGACCUGCUCUAGUCCCGUAAGGGGACCGCUGAGUCCAGGUGCUGACGAUGCAUUAUUUCUCUCGUAGGUUCGAGCCGAUGGUCCCCCCCAUGGAGGGGUCCAGUAUGAGAUGGUCUCUGUGCUCAAAGACGGGAGCCCCAUCCUCCGGGACAUGGCCUUCUCCGUUGAUCAGCGUUACCUGUACAUCAUGUCUGAGAGACAGAUCACCAGGGUCCCCGUGGAGUCCUGUGAACAGUACACGACCUGUGGGGAGUGUCUGAGCUCGGGGGACCCUCACUGCGGCUGGUGUGCUUUGCACAACAUGUGCUCCCGCAGGGACAAGUGCCAGCGGGCCUGGGAACCGAAUCGAUUUGCCGCCAGCAUCAGCCAGUGCAUGAGCCUCGAGGUGCAUCCCAGCAGCAUCUCAGUGUCUGAACACAGCCGCCUGCUCAGCCUGGUUGUGAGUGAUGCUCCAGACCUGUCUGCGGGCAUCUCCUGUGCCUUUGGGAACCUGACAGAGGUGGACGGACAGGUGUCUGGGAGCCAGGUCAUCUGCAUCUCACCGGGGCCCAAGGAUGUCCCUGUCAUCCCUCUGGAUCAAGACUGGUUUGGGCUAGAGCUGCAGCUGAGAUCCAAGGAGACAGGGAAGAUGUUUGUCAGCACUGAGUUCAAGUUCUACAACUGCAGCGCCCACCAACUGUGCCUGUCUUGUGUCAACAGCGCCUUCCGCUGUCAUUGGUGCAAGUACCGGAACCUCUGCACUCAUGACCCCACCACCUGCUCCUUCCAGGAGGGCCGGAUCAACAUUUCAGAGGACUGUCCCCAGCUGGUGCCCACGGAGGAAAUCCUGAUACCAGUCGGGGAGGUAAAGCCAAUCACGCUUAAGGCUCGAAACCUGCCCCAGCCGCAGUCGGGCCAGCGAGGUUAUGAAUGUGUCCUCAACAUCCAGGGGGCGGUCCACCGGGUCCCCGCCCUGCGCUUCAACAGUUCCAGCGUCCAGUGCCAGAACAGUUCGUACCAGUACGAUGGGAUGGACAUCAGCAACCUGGCUGUGGACUUCGCCGUCGUGUGGAAUGGCAAUUUCAUCAUCGACAACCCGCAGGACCUGAAAGUCCACCUCUACAAGUGCGCGGCCCAGCGGGAGAGCUGCGGCCUCUGCCUGAAGGCCGACCGGAAGUUCGAGUGCGGCUGGUGCAGCGGCGAGCGCAGGUGCACCCUCCAGCCCCACUGCGCCAGCCUCUCCAGCCCCUGGCUCGACUGGUCCAGCCACAACGUCAAGUGCUCCAACCCCCAAAUCACCGAGAUUUUGACGGUGUCUGGACCACCUGAAGGAGGGACUCGAGUGACCAUCCAUGGCGUGAACCUGGGCCUGGACUUCUCUGAGAUCGCCCACCACGUGCAGGUGGCUGGGGUGCCGUGCACCCCCCUGCCAGGGGAUUACAUCAUCGCUGAGCAGAUCGUCUGUGAGAUGGGCCAUGCCCUCGUGGGAACCACCUCCGGGCCUGUACGCCUAUGCAUUGGCGAGUGUAAGCCAGAGUUCAUGACCAAGUCCCAUCAACAGUAUACCUUUGUGAACCCUUCCGUGCUGUCGCUCAACCCCAUCCGAGGACCAGAAUCGGGAGGCACCAUGGUAACCAUCACAGGCCAUUACCUCGGGGCAGGCAGCAGCGUGGCUGUUUAUCUGGGCAACCAGACCUGCGAGUUCUAUGGGCGGUCAAUGAACGAGAUCGUGUGUGUCUCACCCCCGUCAUCCAACGGACUGGGCCCAGUCCCCGUUUCCGUGAGUGUCGACCGAGCCCGCGUGGAUAACAACCUACAGUUCGAGUACAUAGAUGACCCCCGGGUGCAGCGCAUUGAGCCGGAGUGGAGCAUUGCCAGUGGCCACACACCCCUGACCAUCACAGGCUUCAACCUGGAUGUCAUUCAGGAGCCAAGGGUCCGAGUCAAGUUUAAUGGCAAGGAGUCUGUCAACGUUUGUAAAGUUGUGAACACCACCACCCUAACCUGCCUGGCACCCUCUCUGACCACGGACUACCGGCCCGGCCUGGACACUGUGGAACGGCCAGAUGAGUUUGGAUUCGUCUUCAAUAACGUCCAGUCCUUGCUCAUUUACAACGACACCAAGUUCAUCUACUACCCCAACCCAACCUUCGAACUGCUCAGCCCUACCGGAGUGUUGGAUCAAAAGCCAGGAUCCCCCAUCAUUCUGAAGGGCAAAAACCUCUGCCCUCCUGCCUCUGGAGGUGCCAAACUCAACUACACCGUGCUGAUUGGAGAGACCCCGUGUGCUGUCACUGUGUCGGAGACACAGCUCCUCUGCGAGCCUCCCAACCUCACGGGGCAGCACAAAGUCAUGGUUCACGUGGGCGGGAUGGUGUUCUCUCCUGGCUCGGUGAGUGUCAUCUCAGACAGCUUGCUGACCCUGCCAGCCAUUGUCAGCAUCGCGGCGGGCGGCAGCCUCCUGCUCAUCAUCGUCAUCAUCGUCCUCAUUGCCUACAAGCGGAAGUCUCGAGAAAACGACCUCACUCUCAAGAGGCUCCAGAUGCAGAUGGACAACCUGGAGUCCCGCGUGGCCCUGGAGUGUAAGGAAGCCUUUGCUGAGCUCCAGACAGACAUCAAUGAGCUGACCAGCGACCUGGACCGCUCUGGAAUCCCCUACCUGGAUUAUCGUACCUAUGCUAUGCGAGUCCUGUUCCCCGGCAUCGAGGACCAUCCCGUGCUGCGGGAGCUGGAGGUGCAGGGAAAUGGGCAGCAGCACGUGGAGAAGGCCCUGAAGCUCUUCGCCCAGCUCAUCAACAACAAGGUGUUCCUGCUGACCUUCAUCCGCACCCUGGAGCUCCAGCGCAGCUUCUCCAUGCGUGACCGCGGCAACGUGGCCUCCCUCAUCAUGACCGGCCUGCAGGGCCGCCUGGAGUACGCCACCGACGUCCUCAAGCAGCUGCUGUCCGACCUCAUCGAGAAGAAUCUGGAGAACAAGAACCACCCCAAGCUGCUCCUCCGCAGGACAGAGUCUGUGGCUGAGAAGAUGCUGACCAAUUGGUUUGCCUUCCUCCUGCACAAGUUCCUGAAGGAGUGUGCGGGAGAGCCACUGUUCAUGCUCUACUGCGCCAUCAAGCAGCAGAUGGAGAAGGGUCCCAUCGACGCCAUCACGGGUGAGGCCCGCUACUCCUUGAGCGAGGACAAGCUCAUCCGGCAGCAGAUCGAGUACAAGACCCUGAUCCUGAACUGCGUCAACCCCGACAACGAGAACAGUCCCGAGAUCCCAGUGAAGGUGCUAAACUGUGACACCAUCACGCAGGUCAAGGAGAAGAUCCUCGAUGCCGUCUAUAAGAACGUGCCCUACUCCCAACGGCCAAGGGCUGUUGACAUGGACUUGGAGUGGCGUCAAGGCCGGAUCGCCCGGGUCGUGCUGCAAGACGAAGACAUCACCACCAAGAUCGAGGGCGAUUGGAAGCGGCUGAACACGCUGAUGCAUUAUCAGGUGUCAGACAGAUCGGUGGUGGCUCUGGUCCCCAAACAGACCUCCUCCUACAACAUCCCUGCGUCUGCCAGCAUCUCGCGCACAUCCAUCAGCAGAUACGACUCCUCCUUUAGGUACACCGGCAGUCCCGACAGCCUGCGGUCCCGAGCCCCUAUGAUCACCCCAGACCUGGAGAGUGGGGUUAAGGUGUGGCAUCUGGUGAAGAACCAUGACCAUGGGGACCAGAAGGAGGGUGACCGGGGCAGCAAGAUGGUGUCUGAGAUCUACUUGACCCGGCUACUGGCCACCAAGGGCACCCUGCAGAAGUUCGUGGACGACUUGUUUGAGACCUUGUUCAGCACUGUGCACCGGGGCAGCGCCCUCCCCCUGGCCAUCAAGUACAUGUUUGACUUCCUGGAUGAGCAGGCGGACAGACACGGCAUCCAUGACACAGAUGUGCGGCACACCUGGAAAAGCAACUGCCUCCCUCUGCGCUUCUGGGUGAACGUGAUCAAGAACCCCCAGUUUGUAUUCGACAUCCACAAGGGCAGCAUCACGGACGCCUGCCUGUCCGUGGUGGCCCAGACUUUCAUGGACUCCUGCUCCACGUCAGAGCACCGGCUGGGCAAGGACUCCCCCUCCAACAAGCUGCUCUAUGCCAAGGACAUCCCCAGCUACAAGAGCUGGGUGGAGAGAUACUACGCAGACAUUGCCAAGCUCCCCGCCAUCAGUGACCAGGACAUGAACGCCUACCUCGCUGAGCAGUCCCGUCUGCAUGCUGUGGAGUUCAACAUGUUGAGUGCCCUCAAUGAGAUCUACUCCUACGUCAGCAAAUAUAGUGAAGAGCUCCUGGGGGCCCUAGAGCAGGACGAGCAGGCCCGGCGACAGCGGCUGGCGUACAAGGUAGAACAGCUCAUAAAUGCCAUGUCCCUGUCCAUUGAGAGCUGAGAGACGGAGCCUCACGUUCCCGGGAAGAGGGACCCAUGCAAGCCGUCACCCUGCGAGUCUCAGAAGAAGGACAAGUGAAGGGGAUCAGACCCCAGAGCUUGGUGUCCCCUGAGACCCCAUCACGGGGAGAGGGGAGGGCCCCUCUCCCCACGCCAGCCACGUUUCGUCACAGCCGGUUCCCGCAGGGAGAGACCAUGGGUGCCGUCCCUCCACAGUGAGAACCAGAGAGAAGCAGGGGCCCAGAGAAGGCGGUUCUUCAAGCCGAGAGGCACGAACUGGGGACAGUUCUGCCUCUGUGACUGCUGCUUUGCAUGAAAACUCAUUUGAUGUAUAUUGGGGAAAUAAUGAGAACUUUAUUUAAUUUUUUUUAAGAAAAGGAAAAAAAAAAACAGAAAUAAAACAAAAAGCCUCCCUGUUAAUCCCGUCCAACUUCUGUUUCAUUCUGAUUUCUGCCCCCCUUCCUUCUUCCCUCCCCCCUUCCUCGAGUGACUCCUCUUUCCACAUGCCAGAAAAAGCCUACAAAGAGAACCUGAGAGAAAUUGGAGGGAAAACGAUCAUUUCCUUUCCCUUGAAAUUACGAGAAAAUAAGGAGGAGAAGAACGAGCACAAGUUCACCCGAAACGCUUCGCCGAAACAGAGGCCAGGAAAACCUGGAAUUAUCCCGGCAGCCACAGGAGCAUGGGAGCUACAGAGCGCGGUGCAGACGGCAGCGCCGUGGAGGGGGCUCAACCCGGCUGGCUGGGCGCAGAGCUUCACCUGCCACACCCCCGUGGGCUCUCAUCCCUGCAGAGGAGCUCUGUGUCCAUAGAGUGCCCAGUGCUUUUUGCUACGGCUUUUGUGUGCGUUUUCCUCUUGUUUCAUCUCAAACCUCAAGAAGCGAGGAGCUGAUCUUUGGUACUUUUCCCUUUGGUGUCUGUAAAGUUACUAGGAGACGCGGCGGAGAGCUGGGCCUCUCCCAGACCCGACGCCUGGCCUCCCUGCGGACACCGGGCAGCUUCGCCUUACAUCAGUCACGGUCCUGAACCGGGCACCCUGGGGAAAGGGCCUGGAGGUGUGUGGCCCCCCCGGGAGAUUCCAUCUGGGAGCUGACUGGGGGACAUGGGUGUCUGGCUUUAGAUUGCGCUCCAGUCUGCCCGUGGUUUCUUGGCAAUUCGAGAGAAAGCAAAAAGCAAACACUGUUUACAGCAAGCAAUACUUGAAGAGCGUAGGGUAAAGAUGCUGCCGUGUCGAUUGUGACGCUUUCUUUCUAUCGUUCUCUUGUGCCUGCAGAGGGGGAGACGGCCCUCCGCUCCUGUGUGGAAGCUCCUGGUCGGCUGAGCCCUGGCCUCAGUAGAAGUGACUGUAGCAUCCCCACGUUACUGUCUCCUGCCUCUCUCUCCGCCUCUCCUGUCCUCAUGAGUUUCAAGGACGAGUGGGUGGCUUCUCACUGGGCUCCUUUCUUUCUCACUCUCUUCUGCUGACACCUAAAACCAUGGAUGACCCACUCUCCUGAGUGUAGUUUCUAAACCAAGAGACCAAAGCUCCACACCCGGGUCCAAAGGCACCGCGAAAGCCAGCGGGAGUCAUGGGUCUGUUGGUGGCAAGACCUAGGUGACCGGGACAGCCACCAGAGUUUCCAGGCCUCCCACGCUGGCAAGGAUCCAAGCAGGCAGCUCCAGCUUCUCUGUCAGAGCAUCAGAGGGAAGGAGAAGGAGGGCGAGAGAAAGGCCAAGGGGUGGGAAGGAGGCAGGCAGGAGAGGACCACCGCUCCCUUCCUACUUUCUACUUUCCAAGGGUCUGCGGUGCUGAGAAACUGGACCAGGCAGCCCCACAGAGACCAGACCAGGGUCAUUUCCUCUGUAAUUAACUCUGGGCCCCAGCUUCUCUGUGCCAUGAUUUACCUCCAAACAAUUCCAAUUU